AUGACUGAAUCGCCUGAAAAAGCGCUUUCCAACAGUAGCGAUGGGGUCGAUCAUCUCGAACAUGCUUCGCGCACCCAUGGAAACGAUGUAGAUGACCUCAACACGCUGGGCUACAAGCCCGAGCUACAGCGCAACCGUUCCAUGUUUACACUAUUAUUCCAGUCUCUUGCCAUAGCGGCGAUUCCCUAUGGCUUUGGUGCACCGCUCAUCAAUGCAGUCUAUGGCGGUGGACAAUUGGCCAUGUUCGUUGGGUGGAUCAUGGUCUGCAUAUUGGACGAAUGCAUAGCUCUGUCUCUCGCAGAGCUGGCAGCAAAAUACCCUACCUCAGCAGGACCUUACUACUGGUCUUUUCAGAUUGCUAGCCCUCGAUAUCGGACCGUUCUGUCAUUUAUAACGGGUUGGACUUGGCUGGUAGGCAACUGGACCAUAACACUAUCAGUCAACUUCGGAUUUGCAUCCCUUCUUGCCGCGACUAUUGCGAUUUUCUACCCCGAGUAUGAGUGGCAGCCUUGGAAACUCUUGUUGGUCUUCUACGCUCUAACCCUUGUAACGUUUUUUAUCGUUGCAUUUGGAAACAAAUUUCUGCCAAGCGUAGACACCUUUUGUGCUGCAUUCACAGCUUUGACGAUCUUCAUCACUCUCAUCUGCCUGUCUGUCAAAGCCGAGGAUGGCAGACAUUCUGUAGCAGAUACACUAGCCCAUUAUGACACUACACUCUCCGGGUGGGGAGAUUUCUCAUACUUGAUCGGGAUUCUGCCACCAGCCUACACAUUUUCUGCCAUUGGCAUGAUAACGUCCAUGGCUGAAGAGUGCGGUGAUGCUACCACCAAGCUUCCCAAGGCAUUGUCACUCUGUGUGCCCGUUGGAUGCAUAGCCGGGUUAUUCUUCGUCAUCCCAAUUUGUGCAACUUUGCCCGAUUUGCAGCUUCUCUUGGAGGCGCCCCUCGGCCAAGUCCUUCCCUACCUCUAUCUUCGCGUAAUGGGAAGUUCCGGCGGCGCCUUGGCUUUGACCAUUCUAAUUCUUGCCAUCACGCUUCUCUGCUCGAUAUCCAUUACUGUGGCUGCUUCGAGAACAACUUGGGCAUUCGCUCGGGACGAAGCUAUUCCUGGUGCCAAGUUGUGGUCGAAGAUUCAUGGCCGCCAUGGCACUCCAAUCUGGGCCCUUACACUGACGACAGUGAUCCAAAUGUUGCUAGGUUUGAUCUAUCUCGGAUCUAGCUCAGCCUUCAACGCCUUUGUCGCUGUUGGGGUGAUUGCACUAGCAGUCUCCUACGGUGUCCCGAUCGCUUUGUCAAUGCUAACUGCACGAAGCGGCGUGAAUACUGCGCCGUGGAACUGCGGCAAAGCGCUCGGUUGGGUAGUCAAUGGUGUUGCGGUCUGUUGGAUCGCGCUUGAGCUCGUAUUAUUCUCGAUGCCGCCCGCUAUUCCGGUAACCGCCGUGACGAUGAACUAUGCCAUCGUCGUCUUUGUAGGGUUCAUGGCCAUAAGCGCCGUAUGGUACUUUGUUCAUGCCCGCCAUGGUGUGUUCUAUACCUUCCAUCAGGUGGUCAACGUUGAGGCUAACUUUGUGUUUGCAGUUUAUCAAGGACCUCCCGCUUCGGAUGGAUUAACCAUUGCAACUAGAUAG